ACUUAAAAAUAGUUUGUAGUUUUAUGAAGGUGCUAGUUGAACAGUCCUCUUAGGAAAUUUCUUGGUGAUUUCCUAAUUAGUCCCCAAAUCAUUUUAUGAAAAUGAAUGAUUGAGUUCAAUACACAGUUUCUUUCCUAAAAAUUAAAGCAGAUAUCAGAUAGAGAACUUUUAUUUUGGACUUUGUUCACAAUAUAUAUAUAUAAAUAUAGCUUGCAAUUGUAUGAUGGAAUAUGGGUUUUCAACUCUCACCACUCACUUUCAAGUCUCAGCUUUUCAUUUUGGAUUUUGUUCACUAUAUAUACAUAUAGCUUGCUAUUGGAUUAAGAUUGAAGUUGAAGAUUUAGAGGGUAAAAACUAGCACUCAAUGACAAUAGGAAUCAAAAGUGUUGUGAUCUUGGUUAUAUGCUUCAGUUUAUGGACUUUCAAUUCAUCUUUGGCCGAACGCUCUAAUGGGUGGAUGAGAGUUCAGCUAAAAAAGCAACUGCCAGACUUCAAGAGAGCAACCGUUACAAGCCUUAAUGUUAAACAUGGAUAUACAGAUUUGGAAUCAGCCAUUUCAUAUAUGAGGAAUUUCAUUGAUAUACCAUUUUAUGGGGAGAUCAAUAUUGGCACUCCUCCUCAGAUGUUCAAUUUGGUUUUUGAUACAGGUAGCUCAAAUAUUUGGGUUCCCUCUUCUAAAUGCUACUUUUCGAUUGCUUGCUACUUUCACUCUAGGUACAACUCAAGGCUGUCGAAAACAUACACCAAACGUGGCAACUUGUGCAAAGUUCCUUAUGGUUCUGGAUUUAUUGCUGGUUUCUUUAGCCAAGAUAAUUUUGGAGUAGGCGAUCAAAUCGUGACAGAUCAGGUGUUUGCUGAAGCUCUGACGGAAAAAUCUAUAGACCUCAUAUUUAACAAAUUCGAUGGGAUACUUGGCUUAGGAUUUCAAGAUACAUCUAUUGGUGAAGCAGACCCAAUAUGGUACAAUAUGGUGCAACAAGGACUUAUUAACCAGAAGAUCUUCUCCAUUUGGCUGAAUCAUAACCCAAAUGAUGAAUAUGGAGGUGAAAUUAUUUUUGGUGGCAUUGAUUGGAGACAUUAUAAGGGUGAUCAUACUUAUGUCCCAAUAGCUGAUACUGGUUAUUGGCAGAUAGAGAUAAAAGGUCUUGACAUUGCAAUCAAUUCAACAGGACAAUGUCACAAUGGUUGUGCUGCUAUUGUUGAUUCUGGAACAUCCUUAAUUGGUGGUCCAACGAUGACAGUGGCACAAAUUAACCAUGCAAUUGGAGCAGCAGGAAUAGUGAGCUUAGAAUGCAAAACCAUUGUUUCAGAUUAUGCAUCCCGAAUAUGGGAUCUUCUAAUAUCAGGGUUAGAACCUGAAAAGGUUUGUACACAAAUUGGCUUAUGUGUAUUUAAUAACUCGGGGUAUACCAGUGGUGGUAUUAGAACUGUUGUUGACGGUGAGUUUAGGAAGAACUCAACAGUUAGCCCGAUACCACUUUGUAGUCUAUGUGAGAUGGCAAUAGUGUGGUUACAAGUGCACAUUAAAGAGCAGAAAGCAAAGGGAAAAGUACUAGAAUUUAUGAAUGAGUUAUGUGAAAAACUCCCAAAUCCUGGGCAAAGAUCUUAUGUUGACUGCAACAAGAUUGGAUCAAUGCCACCUAUUUCAUUCAAUAUCGGAAACAAAGCCUUCCCUUUGUUGCCAGAGCAGUACAUCCUAAAAGCAAAACAAGGUUGUUCAAGAGUGUGUUUUAGUGGGUUUGUUCCUGUGGAUGUUGCUCAACCACAAGGACCACUUUGGAUUUUGGGUAACAUCUUCUUGGGAGCUUAUCACACAGUUUUUGACUUUGGGAAUCGUGAAAUUGGAUUUGCCAAAGCUGCUUGACACUAUUUUGACAUAUGAUUUCAAUUAUUGUAUCCUUGUUAAACAUUUGAUAAUUAUUAGUAUAUUGCAAUGAGAUAAAAGGAUUAAGAUUUUAAA